AUGAACAGCUACGGUCGAACCGUUUGGGUUAUGGUGUGCGUGCUGGUCGCCUUACACAUCGGAGGAUCUCACCAGCAAACACCACCACAGUGUACCACGCCGACGAAAGUGCGUGGACGGUGCAUCUCCAUCUACGAAUGUGACAGCAUACUGGACUACUUCAAGCAGCGGAUACUCAGCUGGGAGGAACGGGAGUUUUUGCGCAAAUCUCAAUGCACUGGCACCACCAGCGGACGCCAACCGUUUGUUUGCUGUCCCGGUAACGGAGCCGCACCGGUCGUGCCAUCGCCGAUUAGUACCGGUGAGCGGGGAAGCGCCACCACAACCCAAGCACCGACCAGUGACGCUCUGCUCGAUCAGCUUGCCGGCGGGCUGUUGCCAAAUCCGAAAAAGAAUGAAUGCGGUGUUAGCAUCGGCAUGAGAAUAUACGGCGGCGAAAAUGCCGAUAUCGAUGAUUUUCCCUGGCUGGCGAUGUUGCAGUACGAAAAUCGGAAAGGGGAACGAAAGUUCAGCUGCGGUGGGUCGCUGAUCAACAAGCAUUAUGUACUGACUGCCGCCCACUGCGUAGUUGGUGAGGUUGAGCGCAAGGAAGGCAAACUCGUUGGUGUGCGGCUAGGCGAAUACAACACCAACACCGAAAUCGAUUGCGUCACGGAAGGGGAGGAGCAAAUCUGUGCCGAUGCACCGAUCGAUGUGGCGGUUGAAUCGAGCCUCGUUUACCCGGACUAUGAUGAGCAGGCUCACGCGCACGACAUCGCCCUAGUGCGGCUGGCAAGGUCGAUCGAGUAUACUGACUUUGUGCAACCGGUUUGUCUACCGCUGACAGACUUCCGGGCCUCGAAGGCGGGCGAAGUUAACUUUGUCACCGGGUUCGGUCGUACGCUUAAAGGAAGUCGGAGCCCUAUCAAGCAGAAGCUCGGCAUCAAGGUGUACGACCACGACCGCUGCCGGGAGAAGUACGCGACGAAGAACUCGCCGAUAACGUCGAACCAGAUCUGUGCCGGAGGCGAAUUUGCGAAGGACUCGUGCCACGGUGAUUCCGGUGGUCCGCUCAUGAAGCUCCAGAAGGUUUGGUACUUGGAGGGGAUCGUGUCGUACGGGAAUAGGUGCGGGCUAGAAGACUGGCCCGGCGUUUACACGCACGUUCCCGCGUACAUGGUUUGGGUGAGGGGCAACAUCAGGGCAUAA